AACUUCACGUCCAACAACACCAAGAGCAACCACAUCUGUCUCCCUUGAUCGUUUUGACAUCCUAAGGUGGCGUUCAGGUCAAACCGUCAUUCGCUUUGCCCACUCAAAAUGGCUUCCGUCAAAGACACAGCAUCGUUUUUCGCGAAUGGAAAUUCCAAACAGUUCGAAUUUGUGCUCAAACUCUAUCCCCAAGUGUUGAAAUUGAAAGCUGAGAAACGCCACAAACGCCCGGAGGAGCUCAUAAAGUUGGAUGAUUGGUACCAAAAUGAGUUGCCGAAGCGAAUAAAGCAACGUGGAAAGGAUGCACAUAUGGUGCAUGAGGAGCUAGUGCAGACAAUGAAAUGGAAGCAGACACGCGGCAAGUACUAUCCGCAACUUUCUUACCUCGUAAAGGUAAAUACGCCACGUGCCGUGAUGCAGGAAACGAAGAAGGCCUUCAAGAAGCUGCCCAACAUCGAGCAGGCCAUCACGGCACUCUCGAAUCUCAAGGGCGUGGGUACAACAAUGGCAAGCGCCCUCCUUGCAGCUGCAGCUCCUGAGAAUGCCCCCUUUAUGGCAGAUGAAUGCCUAAUGGCAAUACCCGAGAUUGAGGGUAUUGAUUACACAACCAAGGAGUAUCUCAAUUUUGUCACACACAUCCAAACCACAGUGGGACGUCUCAAUGCUGAAUGUGAGAACAGCACAUUCUGGUCUCCACAUAGGGUUGAGCUGGCACUAUGGGCCCACUAUGUUGCAUCAGAACUACAACCAGAACUCUUGAGUGGAAUUCCCGGGGAAAUCAGUAAGAAUCAUGUGGCAAAUGGCAUCAAUGCUACAUCACUUGAACCCUCAGAUGACAGCAAUCUCGAACCUGCGCCCUCAAAUGGUACAACAAGGGGACUUGACAGCUUGGACGAGAGCACACGCUCAGAAGAUAGCUUAGAGAAGCCGGUAACGCCGAUCCUCACCAACGACGAGACGAACGGCAGUGAUUCGCAGAGCAGUAUCAAGAGAUUCGCAGACUGCGACAGCUCCGAGGAACAGACUGAGUCGAGUGAGCCGGAGCGGAAGCGAUCGAAGGCUGGAGAGGAUGAGUGAAGAUGCCCCCUUUUGUUCCCCCAAGAAAGAAAAAUGAAAAACUUCCGAGAAGCUUCCGGCGGCAUCUCGAUCCAAGAUGGCGGCACGCAGCAGCGUAUAUCAUUAUUUUUUACCUUAUAUAAUAAUAAUUAUUUUUUUUCUUUACUGUCUUCAGCAACACUUUGUCCCCCUAUUUAAUUCAAAUCACCCCCCACCCACACCCCUUUCCCCUACCUUCUCCCUGUGUUUUUUUUACAUAAAGCAAACCAGAUUAUAGAUAAAGAAAAAAAGAAAAUUAGUGGUGUAAGCGAGAGGAUGAAAAUAUUUAAGAAAGAUAAAAAAAAAUGGUUUUAAGAAGAAAAUAAGAUGAAAAAAAAAGGAAGAUUUAGGUAGAAUCUGGGGCGAGAGCAUUGCCGGAUUGAAUGACGUGGAAUGCCUUCCGGCAAAAUUUUUCGUCGUGUUUUUUUUUCUUCUUUUUUUUACAUUUUUUUUGUAAUGUAUACUUAAAUGCCCCAGAAGGCGUGUCACGUGAUUCACGCGGCAACCGUGGUGGUCUCUCGUGUUGCGUGGAUGACUUUUUUUUUAGCGCUAAGUAUUUCAUAAUUUAUAAGUAGCUCAAGAGGAUUAAAAAUGAAAAAAUAAGUGAAAAAAAAACAAAAAAAUAAUGAAUGCAAAAAGUGGCCGAUGCUGCUCUUUCACACAAACACACAAACAAACAUUCACACACACAACCUGUUUCACAGAAGAAAAAAAAUAAAAGAAAAAAGAAUCAUUUUCGCGUUAAGAAAAUGGCGGACAUCAAUAAAAUGGUUGAUGGGCCAAGCCUAUGAAAACAUUCCAUGAGAGAUGCAUUCACACACACACAUCCAUUUAACGUCUCACGCAGCUUUUUGUUAUUUUUUUCUUUUAAGUAAUUUCCUUUACCCCCAGUUCCCUUUCCCUCACAAACAUCAUUGAGUUUUAAUUUAACUACCCCCCGCACCCCUCAUUCACAUUACACUUCAUCAAAAAUACCCUCGAGAUUGUUUAUCAUUAUACUUUGUGUACAGGCAAAGAGAGAAAAAGGUUAAAAUAAAGAGAGAAAAGAGAGCAUAAAAAUAAGAAUUCUUAUGUUUUGAGCGAGAGAGAUUUUUAAAUGUUAGAUGAUAAAAGAAAAAAAAACCUAUAUAAUAAAAUAGAACGAUGGAUAAGCGACGUGGGGUACUUUUGAGAACGUAUAAUGAUAAAAAUAGAGAGCAUGAUUUUAAGAAUAAAAAAAAAUAGAACAUAGAACGAGAGCCACAAUUAGCCUUCAACAUUACUAUAUUUUAAUAUAUAAAAAUAAAAAUGAAAUAAAAUGAGAAAAACACCUUACAAUAGACAGAUUUAA